UUUUCAGACUCAGUAGCUCUUUCGAUUCAGGAUGAUGUUGCGAUUGUAAAAUUAAACUGCAAGAAUGUCAAGGAAAACACAUUAAAUAAGUCAGUCUCAGAGGAGCUGAAAAAGGCACUAGAACGUAUACAGUCUGAUAGCGGUAUACGAAGUGCAGUAAUAAUUUCUGGCAAACCUAACAGCUUUAUAGCUGGUGCUGAUAUUGACAUGUUGUCAAAGGGUAAGUCUGCGACUGAUGUGGAAAAGUUGUCUCAGGAGGCGCAGCGUGAGUUUGCUCAAAUUGAAUCUUCUAGAAAGCCUAUUGUAGCUGCAAUUAUGGGGACGUGCAUGGGCGGUGGCCUUGAACUAGCUAUGGCGUGUCAAUAUCGAAUUGCUGUUAAUACAGCCAAGACUCAAUUAGGCCUUCCCGAGGUAAUGCUUGGGUUGUUACCUGGAGCUGGGGGGACUCAGAGGUUGCCAAAAUUAGUAUCAAUAUCGACAGCUUUGGAUAUGAUGCUGACCGGAAAAGCUUUGAAACCUUCCAAAGCCAAGAAAGUUGGCUUGGUCGAUCAUGUUAUUGAUCCGAUUGGUGGUGGUUUAAAAAACUAUGAGGAAAACAACCUUGACUAUUUGGAAAAGGUAGCAGUUUCUGUUGCUAAACAGUUAGCGACGGGAGCUUUGAAGCCUGAUAGAACAAGGCCGUUUUUGGAACGGACUGUAAAUUACUUUUUAACAAGACCUCCGCUCUUGGAAAAAGUUCUUCUGAGAACUGUUACCAAAAAGGUCAUGAGUCAGACAGCUGGGAAUUAUCCUGCCCCUUUGAGGAUUUUAGAUGUUGUAAAAUCGGGGCUUAACACAAGUGAUGGUAGCGGGUAUGACAGAGAAUCGAGGGCAUUUGGUGAGCUUUCUCAAACGUCGCAAAGUAAAGCCCUUGUAGGAAUAUUUAACAGUUCUACUGCGUGCAAAAAGAAUAAGUGGGGAAAGCUAGAGAAAGAUAUAAAUAAGAUUGCUGUUGUUGGUGCUGGACUUAUGGGUGCUGGGAUAACAAAUGUUACCGUUGAUAAGGGGAUCAAAACGACCUUAAUUGAUAUGCACGAUGAAGGGUUAGCCAGAGGUUUAAACCAGAUUUAUUCACAUCUAAAUACAGCGUAUAAAAGGAAGAAAAUUGGCAUUGUGGAGAGAGAUAGAUCUAUGGCAUAUGUGAAACCUACAACUACAUAUGAGGAUCUUCAAGACUGUGACGUUGUUGUAGAAGCGGUUUUUGAAGAGAUCGGGCUAAAGCAUAAAAUCAUUACACAGCUUGAAUCUGUGGUCUCUGAUAAAUGUGUGAUUGCGUCAAAUACGUCAGCCUUACCAAUUAAAGAAAUAGCAUCUGUUGCCAGGAAACCUGAACGUAUUAUCGGAAUGCACUAUUUCUCUCCUGUUGAGAAGAUGCAACUGCUGGAAAUUAUCACAACAGAAAAAACUAGCAAAGAAACUCUAAAAGUCGCUGCGAAUCUGGGUCUUAGACAGAAGAAGCUAGUAGUAGUAGUAAAAGACUGUCCGGGUUUCUUUGUUGUCCGGUGUCUUGCCCCUAUGAUGAGUGAAGUUAGCCGUUUGAUACAAGAAGGUGUCAGCCCGGAAGAACUGGAUAAGCUAACGAAGAGUUAUGGUUUUCCAGUAGGUGCUGCGACUCUCGGUGAUGAAGUCGGCUUGGACGUCGCUGAGCAUGUGGCCCACUUCUUGGGGGAGGCUCUUGGACCAAGGAUGGGUGGUGGUUCUGUGAGUCUUCUUUCCGAAAUGGUUUCCAGUGGGUUCAAAGGACGAAAGUCAGGGAAAGGUUAUUAUAUUUACGGUAAAGGGAAGAAAGGGAAGAAGAUGAAUGAUGCUGCAUUGAAGAUUAUCUCCAGACAUAGAAUAACCGCCCCAGCAGCUGUAAGCGGUACGGAAGACCAGCAGUUACGUAUUAUUUGCCGAUACAUUAAUGAAGCAGCUAUUUGUUUACAAGAAAAUGUCAUCUCUUCGCCGUCCGAUGGUGACGUAGCUUCAGUGUUCGGUAUCGGCUUCCCUCCAUUUUGGGGUGGCCCUUUCCGCUUUAUUGACUUGUACGGCGCUGACAAGUUGAUCAAAAACAUGUCGAGGUUUGCAGAAGCUUACUCAGCGGAACAAUUCCAGCCAGCUCAGUUACUGAUUGAUCAUGCGAAAGAAAAGAAAAAGUUUUACCCAGGGUGA